AUGUAUGGUGUAAAAGGAACAUCGACCAUCUUAAACUCUGUUGCCAGACAGGGUGUACUCACAAAGCAACUUGUUGCACCCAAAUCAACCGCUUUCCUUGCCAAUCUACCUACUCGCCAAGUAUCAGCUGGUAAGCUAUCCUACACCACCAGAAGCCAGACACAAUUCAAUCAAAAGCAAGAUCUGGAUGGCAGCAGCAGCAGCAGCAGCAGCAGGGAUUCAGCAGCCACCCUUGCUCAUUUGAACAAGCCAAACUGGACGACGGUAAAGCAUCAUGGCAAGAAGUUUUCAGCUUAUGAUACAGCAGCAGCAGCAGCAGCAGCAGCAUCAGAGCCUGCUCACUUUGAUGUUCGCAUCCUUCAAGCAGCCAAGCAAAAGAACUCGAGAGCAGUGGUAGAUGCGUUUGUUCAGGGCAAAUCAGCAGCUGGUGAAUCAGCACCACCCUUGUCUACACAAACCUAUGAAGCUGUCAUUCAAGCAUACGGCAAGUUACGCAAAAUCAACCAACCUCUCACUCCCAUGAUGAACGCCUACCAUGAUAUGAUUUCUACCGGCGUGCGUCCUUCCUCUCAAACAUACGCUCUUCUUAUUCGAUCCCUUUGCAACAGAGAUUCUGAAGUGCAAAAGACGGUCAGCAUGCUCAAGAGACAGAUUGCUCGCACUGGAAACACUGUCCACAAUUUGGGUGAUUUGGAGAAUGAAAAGAACAUGGAAAAGGCGUUGGCAUUGUUCAACAAGGCAGUAACUGAGAAAUCAACACAAGACUUUGACACUGAAUUGUACAACACCCUGCUUCGUGGGCUAUCUUACAAGGGCAACACGCAAGAUGGUCUCUAUAUUUACGAACACCUUGAAAGUGCUCACAAUGCUAAUCCCAAUGGUAUGACUUUUGCCACGUUGAUGUCCAUGUUUGGCACUGCUGGUGAUUUGGUGGCUGUUCGCGAAUGCUUUAACGAAUACAAGACACUCAAGAAACACCUUCCUAGCCAUGACGCCACUUAUGUAUAUAAUGCGUUUGUCUAUGCUCAUGUCAAUGCGGGCGAUAUUCCUGGUGCUUUGGAUAUUAUUGAGAACGUCAUGGUGCAAGACCAUGUAAAGAUUACCAUUUUGCCCUUCAACAAGAUUGUGCGUAGAGCUUGUUUUGAUGGAAAUAUGGACACUGUGGAUUCUGUGCUUGCCAAGUUGGAGGCUGACACCAAGCUCCCCAACCCUGAUGCCAGCACUUAUGGUAUGAUUUUGUCGGCGUACAGUCAUCUCAAGGAUUUCGAAAAGGCCACCAAGGUGUAUCACAACCUGUUGAACCACGAUAUCUCGAAACAGUACGGCCAUUUAGCUGAUUACGCGUUUGCUUGCACCAACAACCACAUGCCCGAUCAAGCUUUGGAUGUCGUCAAGGCCAUGACGUCUCGUGGACUGGAGUUGGAUUCCAACCUGUGUAAGGGUGUUGUAUUGAGCUUUGUCAACAAUGGUAGAAUGGAUGAUGCUGUUACCUCUCUCAAGUCUUUGAUUGGAUUGUACACCAAGAGCAACUUUUUGGAUGCUAGUUCGCCUGUGUCUGAUUUAGCUUUGGAUUUGACUCUCAAGUGCAAGGAUCUGGGUAACGCUCUGUCCAUUCUGCAAGUCAUCAACCACUAUUAUAUUCACCCUACGCCUGCUGUGUGUGAGGCUGUGGUCAACAUGUAUCAGGAAGCCAAGUCCAAUCCUGAUGUCUGGCAGAGAGUGUCCAAGGAUAUGAAUGAGCGCUCGUUCUUUAUCUUGUACGAUAUUGCUUUCCGCAAGGAGAACACACCUGAGGCUUUUUGCAAAUUGGCUUUUGAGCUGCUCAAGGACAUGCAUGCUCUGAACAUGUCUCCCUCUGCCAGUUUGUAUGUUCGUGUCUUGACUCGCAUGAAGAAGUACGAAGCAACUGAAUACGAGGCUCGCUGGAAGGAAGAGUUUGCCCCUUACAUGUCUGCUAUUGAAGACCAAAUCAAGGACCCCAAGAUGGCUGCUCCCAAGGCCGAAGAUGUGGUCACUCAUCGUGCUGCCAAUGCCAAGGCCUCUGAAGCUGCUACCAAGCCUCCUGCCAUCAUCACUGUUGAAUCUGAUUUGCUCUCUGCUGCUGCUCUGGAUGCUGCCCUCGGCGGUAAGUUUGAAGAAGCUAUUGAUGUCCUCAACAACAAGAUCAUCAAGCAAGGAAAGGUGCCUACCCCUGAAGCUGUGCGUGACAUGAUCCAACUCUCUUCCAAGUUAGGUCGUUUGGAUGCUGCUGAGAAUAUCUACAAUACAGUGAUUGAUUCCAUGCAUCUCCUGGAGGGCACUCGUAAGCAACGUGGUUACCAUGCCAUCUACAACUCCAUGCUGGUGGCUCAUGCUCGACAUGGUGAUCUCAACUCUGCCAAGGUCUUUUAUGACAAGCUUCGUGAGCACGACCUGUACCCUGAUGGUGAUGCCUAUGGUUCUCUCUUGGCCUGCAAUGCCAACUCCACUACGGAUGAGUCUACAGAUGCUCUUGCCAUCUACGAGGAGUCUCGAAAGCACAAUGUUCGUCCUACCGUCUACUUGUACAAUGUCAUUCUUUCCAAGUUGGCCAAAUGCCGCAAGAUUGAGCCUGUGUUACGUCUGUUCAACGAAAUGAAGCAACUCGGUGUCAUUCCCAACUCCAUCACCUAUGCCUCUGUUAUCUCUGCUUGUAUCCGUUGCAGCUCUGAAAGCCGUGCUGCUCAAUACUUUCAAGAAAUGAUCUCUUCUCCGAAGUAUCAACCUCGCAUUGGUGCUUACAACAGCAUGAUUCAAUUCUACGUACAACAAAAGCCCAACCGUGAAAAGGCGCUCGAGUACUACAACCUUUCCAAGCAGUUUAACUUGAAGCCCUCUUUGCACACCUACAAGCUGCUGAUGGAAGCCUAUGCCAACAUUCCUGCUUAUGAUAUGCUGACUGCUCACAAAUUGCUGACUGAGAUGAACAAGCGCCAUGGUUAUCGUCCCAGUGCUGGUCACUAUGCUACAUUGAUCCGUUCAUAUGGUUGUCUCCAUCGUGAUGUUCAAUCUGCUGUUGCCGUGUACAAGGAGAUGCAAAAGGCUGGUAUCAAGGCUGAUGAGACUGUGUAUCAAGCCAUGAUGAACACUUACAUUGACAACAAUGACAUGAACAGUGCUCAAGAGAUCUACAAGGACAUGCUCAAGCAAGGCACCAAGUCAUCUGCUUAUAUUGAAAACUUAUUUAUUGCCGGUUAUGGUGCUCAAGGUCAACUAGACAAGGCUGAACAGGUGUUUAACAACAUGAGUGAUUCUGGCAGCUUGGUGAGAGAACCAAGCACCUACGAAGCUAUGGCCAAGGCUUAUGUGGAGAAUGGUGAAAAGACCAAGGCAGUGCAAGUGGUCCAGCAAAUGCGCAGCCGUGAUUUCCCACCCAAAGUUGUUGAUGGUGUUACUCAAUUGAUUCAUGCCUCUUCUAAAUAA